AUGCAUUAUCCAACAUAUCUUGGCCUGAAAGGUCAACCACUCGUGUAUGCCGUUACCUUUUGCUGCUCAAUAGGGUUCUUCCUGUUUGGCUACGAUCUUGGUUACAUGGGUGGAUUCACCACAUCUCCUGAAUUCUUGGACUUGUUUGGCAAUCCUAAUGCAUCUCUACUUGCCUUCAUGGUUGCAUCCUAUGAAGUUGGAUGCAUGUUCGGUGCUUUAUAUCAGUUCCUAGUUGGUGACCGCUGGGGAGGCCGUGCGGUUAUCGUGUCUAUUGGUGCAAUUCUUCAGACAAGUUCUUUUGGAUUGCCGCAGUUCUUGGUUGGACGUCUCGUGGCUGGUUUCGGGUUGGGCAUGAUGACCACUGUCAUUCCUAUCUGGCUGUCGGAAUGUACCACGCCCAAGUCUCGAGGUCGUAUGAUGGCUAUGCAAUUGUCGAAUUUGAUCAUGGGACUGAUUAUCGCGAACUGGUUGGAUUACGGCAUGUCCUUCCACGCUGGAUCAGUGCAAUGGCGUUUUCCAUGCGCCUUUCAAUGUGUCUUUUGCUUGAUUUUAUUCGUAUUCAUACCUUUCCUUCCAGAGUCACCGCGUUGGCUUGCUGCAGCGGGCCAGACGGAUCGUGCAAAACACGCUUUGGCGGCUCUUCGCGGCCAGCAUCUGGAUGCCGAGGAAGUCAUUGAAGAACUCGGCCAGAUCCAGUACGCUAUAGCUAUUGAAACGGAAGAAGUAGGUUCGUGGAGCGACGUUUUCAAGGACGGUGGCAUCAGUGGCUUCACCCGCGUUGCUAUUGGCUUCUCAGCAAACUUCUUUCAACAAUUGUCAGGUGUGAACGUCAUGUCUUCUCUUGGCCCCUACGUGUUCCAGAACUCCAUCGGAAUGAGUCGAUACGACGCCCUGCUCGUCUCUGGUGGAAUGCAAGUGUUUUAUUUCCUGAGCAGUAUCAUCCCGUGGUUUGCAAUUGACAGUGUUGGAAGACGGAAGCUAUUCAUGAUUGGCAGCUUGGGAAUGGGUGUCUGUAUGUUGCUAUCAGCUAUCUUUGUCGGCAUCGGUACGCAAGGAUUAGGUUAUGGCGCAGCGGUUGUUUUAUACCUCUUCCAAACCUUCUUUACCCUGGGUUGGCAAUCCAAUAUGUGGAUCUACCCUAGCGAACUGCUGCCAUUGAAGCUACGUCUGCGUGGUGGUGCAAUUGCCGUUCUCUCUCAGUGGUUGUUCACUUUCGUCGUUGUCGAGAUCACGCCGCCUAUGAUCACCAACAUCGGAUACAAAAGUUAUAUCGUCUUUGCGAUCUUCAACUUCGUCACAAUUCCAGUAGUCUAUUUCUGUUACCCGGAGACCAGCAAGUUACCGCUGGAAGCAGUGGACUUGCUAUUCGCCGAUCGCAACGGACAGAGACCCAGUAUCUGGAGGGUGGUCAAGGAUUCGAAAGACCCAGUGUUCAUGGAGAAUAUCAAGAAGGAAUUGGCCGAAAGAGCUGAAGCAACGGUGGUCAACGAGGGUGUCGUGGAUGCGGCCAAGCAGGCGACAUCAAUGGAGUUAGAGGAUGUGGAAGCGUAA